AUGAUAAAGAGAGUAAGAGAGAGAUUAAGAGUAAGAGUAAGAGUAGAGAGAGAAAAAUUAAUAAGUGGUUGGUUGGUUGGUUGGGGUCAACGAGUCAACUUUGAUUGGAGUAUAUCUGUUUAUCUAUUUCUUGAUGUAUGCAAAUUAGGUCUUGAUCACCGCGCUAUGCGGGUAUCCCAAUAUCUCGAAAAAUUUUGUUGUCAUCAUCAUUGA